UAGACAGAAUUAACAAUAUCAAUUGAAACGCACAAUGACCUUCACUGUCUCUUGGCCACACUCCAGUCCAGUUGGCGGAGGUAAUGCACCUUAGAUGGUUGCCAACCGCCAUAUAAAAUCACUGAGGAAGAAGAAGAAGAAGGAAGUUGAGGCCGAAGGGAGUUCGCGCAAAAUUAAACGAUUUUCGUUGUCCUCUCGUCACAUUUCUGGCUGUACAAUGGAUUGGAAGGGAGAUAACGGCGUUCACAACCAUGACAGUUGCCAAGGCCACGGGGGUCACUCGCAUGGGCCUGCGGUGCAUGGAUUCGGGGGUCACGGCGGUGGUUUGGCGCACGGGUUCAUGCCUGCUUUCCAUGGCCAAUUUGGCCCACGAGCUGACCAGAUGAUAGACCCCACUCAGCAGCCCAAGAAACGGUCGCAUAUGGAUGACAGCAGCAGCUGGGACAUUGUCAAAGCAACACAGUUUGGUAUCCUGGACCGAUGUAAGGAACUGGUGGAGGCUGGUUACGAUGUGAGGCAGCCUGACAAGGAGAAUGUCUCCCUCUUACACUGGGCAGCCAUUAACAACCGCGCAGAGGUGGUCAAGUAUUAUAUAUCCAAAGGGGCCGCCAUAGACCAGCUAGGUGGUGACCUGAACUCCACACCCCUGCAUUGGGCCAUAAGGCAGGGCCACCUCUCCAUGGUGAUCCAGCUGCUGCGGUACGGAGCAGACCCAUCUAUGGCAGACGGGGAGGGCUACCGCAGCCUGCAUCUGGCAAUCCUCUUCCAACACAUGCCCAUAGCAGCCUACCUCAUGGCCAAGGGACAGGAAGUUGACCUUCCUGACUCAAAUGGGCAGACACCCCUGAUGUUGGCAGCACAGAAAAUCAUUGGGCCCGAGCCCACUAACUUCCUGAUGAAAUGCAAUGCGUCGGUGAGUGCGGUGGACAAAGUGAACAGGAACUCUCCGCUGCACUGUGCCGUGCUGGCGGGAAACGUGGACGCUGCACACGUCCUGUUGGAGGCCGGGGCUAGCGUGGAUGCCGAGAACGCCAACGGUCACACUCCCAUAGACCUGGCCCACCAGGUGCACAGCCCCCUGCUUAUCCACAUGCUCAACCACAUCAAGCAGGAGAGGAUACGUUCCAGCUCCCGCUGCCUGCGCCUAGUUAACCGAUACAGGGUGUGUCUUCAGUUUAUGUUCAGCGUUGCUGUGCUGGGCAGUUUGGGAGCGAUCGCUGACUUGAGCUCAGAAUCCUGGCUGCUAAAAGGGGUUCUGCUGGCCUGUGUGAUGGCUGUGGUCAACCUGGCCCAACGGCAGUUGGCGAGCCAGGCCCUGCAGUCGCUGGUUCCUGCUACAGCUCUCAUGGCGUCAGUCUUCUGGAUGCUGGUCACCUGGUGCCUGUGGUUCCUGCCUGAUUGUGCCACGGUACAGGUGUUGUUCACUUUCAACGCCACAGCUCUGCUCUACUACUACCUCCGCUCCUGUAGGACUGACCCCGGCAUCGUCAAGGCAACCGAGGAAGAGAAAAAGAUGAAUGUGGUGUUACUGGCAGAGGCGGGCUGCUUAGACCCCAGGAUCUUCUGCACUUCCUGUAUGAUGAAGAAGCCAAUGAGGGCAAAUCACUGCUUCUCCUGUGACGCCUGCGUGGCAAAACAGGAUCAUCACUCCAUCUGGAUCAAUGGCUGCAUAGGUGCCAGGAAUCACCACUUCUUUGUUCUCUUCCUGCUCUCUCUCUGCCUGAUGGGAGCGUGGAUGUUCUACGGAUGUCUCAUGUACUGGUCAAAGCACUGUCCGCUGCACUACCAGGAGGAGGGUGUGUGGGGUGUUAUCUCUGCCCUGGUGGGCUGUUCUUCCUGGGUACUGGGCAUCUUCUGUCUAGCUUUCUUCCAUACCGCCUGGGCUUCCAUACUACUGGUCAUACAGCUCUACCAGAUUGCGUUCUACGGCCUGACCACCGCAGAGAGGGCAAACCUGAUGCUUCGCCAGAGGAAACUCCCACAAUCCAUCUCCCUCAGACAGAACCCUUACAAUUUGGGUGUGGUGCGUAACCUGGUGUCAUUCUUCCAGCUGCGUUGCUGUGGGCUGUUCAAGCCCGCCAUGGUCGACUGGACCCAGCAAUACCCACCUGGCCGAGACCACAUGAUGUUCGGCCACCCCGACAUCGUCUGACCCCACAGGGUCAGAGGGCAGCUAGGGCUGGGUCCACGGUCGUUCUGGACCAAACGGAUUAAGCUUAUUUAUUUUUGAAUCUUUUGUAAAUUUUGGACAGCCUGUGAAGAAACACCACUAUAAAGGGAAAUAGCAUGGAGGAAGUUGUACUGACUUUUACAUUUUUUUUUGUGUUUGCUUUUUGUACAGACUACUGCUGCCUUAUGCUGGUAUAUAUUAAUGAGGGGGAAAAAGAAACAUUUGAAAUAUAAUUUGUGUGAAGUCAAAUUAGCCUUAAUAUGGCUUAAAUUGUAUAUUAAGUUAGUCAGUGUUUUUAUGAAUAUAAAUAUAGUUAUAUUUUGAUCCAUGUGUUUUUUAUGAAGAAUGAUCUUUUAAAUGUCUGUUUUACAGUGUUCGCAAGAGGCUGUGAGUGUUUUUAGAUUGAAGGACCAACACCGUAGACAGUUUAAGCAAAGCAUUGCUUUGUCAGUCACUGAACUCUUUUGAUUGGAGCAUGCAGUGCAUACAGUUUCUCUAGAGCAGUUUUUCUAAUACUGGUACUGUACCUCCUAAGUAUGCUCAUUUUCUAUCCAGCAUCUCUCGACAGUGGACACACAAACCAUUGCUGUUUCCGAUUCCCUCUCCCAGAGGUGUUUGUGCUCGUUCACUCCCCCUUGUGUGUUUAGAAGGAAUGAACGGGUGGAAGAAAUAUGGUUGACAGUGUACUGUUACAGGCAGUGCUUUUACAUCCAUUAAGGGUGAACUAGUGCCCACUAUUGGGAGAAGGCAAGGAAUCAGAACUCAACCCAUAUCUCAACAAUCCAAUAUCCAACCACCAUCCUACGAACUAUGCUCUUCUCUUUCAGCCUUAAAGCAACCGUCUGAGAUUUCCAGUCAUUUCGAUUAAUGACAAACUGUCUUAUGUUAUCGUAACCAAAACGAAAGACCCAUUACUCCAUUAGUUAUGUUUUUAUUAUCAUAUUAGGACUUUAUAUGCUAAUGUAUAGCUUCAAGUCAUGCUAAGAAAUGUUCUCGUGGAAUAUCAUUCCGACAGAUAGAAAUCAAGUGAUAUUUCCAUGUGUAAAUGUCAUGGGAUACAUUUGAUUCACUGUUUACAUUUUUGUGUUGAAGUCACACUGAUGGUAUGCACGUCUUACAGGGUGUGGCUUUGAUGAGACUGGACAGUUUUUUAAAAUUAUGUUUGACCUGAAAUGUCAUGUGAUAAUAUUAGCAUCCAAGCUAUGUUGCUUUUUUUUCUGCAUAACCACAUGAAGUAAUGUGCCAUUGUAACCUGCUGCACUGGAUAUUGGAAUAAAGCAUAGCAAGUUGGUUUUUA